AUGGCUCCUGAUUUUGAAAGUCCACAAUUAAUAAGAAGACUAGAUUGGUAUCAUGAAGAUCUAUUAAUUGCUAGUUAUCAACAGAUUGCUUUAGUAGAUCUUAAUAAGCAAUGGUGGGUUGGUGGAAUGAGAUAUGAAUUAAUAAAACCAUUUUAUGAGUUACGAAUACAACCUACAUUACCCGAAGAUUCAGGAAAUUAUAAAUGCAGAUUGGAAGCGGAUCCUUUAUUUGUUAAAAAUGAAAUGACAUUUAUCAUACCAAUAAUUGUUAUGGUUCGACCUCCAGCACCAUCAAAACCUUUUGUUACAAAUUAUAGUGAUAAAAAUGUAACAUUAUCAUGGAAUCAUAGUGUUGCAAAAGCUCAUAUACCAAUUUUAAAGUAUUCAAUACUUGUAAGUCAGGUAGAUGUUGAUGACAUUCAAGUUAUCUUAACAAAAUCUAAUGAAACAAGAAUAACAAUUAAUAAAUUAUUACCCUAUACUAAAUAUGCAUUUAGUGUUAGAGCUGAAAAUGCAGCCGGUCACUCUAAUUUUGGUGAAGAAACAAUUUUUAGAACAAUGGGUGAACCACCAAAAAAUCCACCAAUAAUUGUUUCAAUAACUAAUGAAACAAAUAGAUGUGUUAACGUUAAAUGGUUAAAACCAAAUCUUUCAACAGGAGAAAUAGUUGGUUAUAGAAUUAUGUUACAUAGAUUAGGAUCUGGUGACAUGAGAGAAUGGUACUUUAAGACAACAUCAAAUUCCUUGUGUUCCCUUGCUUAUCAUCAAGACUAUCGUUUAUCAAUUGAGGCAGAUAACGGUUUUGGAUAUUCCCCAAGUGUAACACAAUUAUUUAGAACUGAUAUUGGAAUACCAGAUACACCACCAGAACCAAUAUCAGCAAUAACCUUAUCAAGUAAUACAAUCCGUUUAUCAUGGAAAGAACCAAAUAAACCCAAUGGACCAAUUAUUGCAUUUCAUGUAUAUUUUUAUCCAAUUCAUUUACAAAAGAAUGCUGUAUUAUUAAAAUUAAAUGUUGCACAUGAAGAUCAUACAAAAAUAUAUAAUUAUAAUAUAACAAAACUUCAACCAAAUACAACAUAUUUAUUUAGAUUAACAGCUGUAACUGAGAAGGGUGAAAGUGAAAAAUCUAUUGCAAUUGAAGGUACUACAGAUUAUAUAAUACCUUAUUCACCAACAAUAACAAAUAUAACAACAGAUUGUUUAAAAGAAUCAGUUAAAGUAUCAUGGACGUCUGUUGGUGGUCAACUUUUAUAUUAUACAGUAUACCUUCAAGUAGUUAAAAAUUCAUAUAAAAUAACACAAAAUGAUAAGUCAACAUUUCAAAAUUUUAAUUCAACAGUCACUUCGAUGAUAAUUGAGGGACUAACAUUAAAUGUUGAAUAUUUAAUAAAAGUAACAGCAUUUACAAAAAAUAUAAAUAAAAAUGGUAUGAUAUUAGAAAGUGAUCCAUCUAAAACAGAAAUAUUUAUGCUUAAAAAAAAAUGUGAUUUAUAUCAUUCAUUAUGUAUGUCAAAGAAUGAUGGUUGUAAACCAUUAGAAAAUGCAAAUCAUGAAAAAAGAGAAGCAUUAAUGCCAUCAUCAAAUACUUCAUUUAUUUUAAUAAUUAUAUUAACAAUAUUUGGAAGUAUUUUAUUAAUAGGAAUAUAUCUUUAUAAACAGCAUUGUAUUUCUAUAAAAAAUUAUAGUAAAAAAAGUACUAAUUGUAGUAAUCAAGAAACAACAGCACUUGUUUAUGAUGAAAAUUGUUAUGAGACAGUUCCAGUAGGAUUAUUUGAAAAAUAUUGUCAAACAUUAGCAUCAAAUAAUAAUGCAUUAUAUAUAGAACAAUUUGAGAAUUUAUCAGUAGAAAAUGAUAAAUUAGAAGUCGAGGGUACUGAUGUUUGUCAAGAAGUACAACAAAAAAAUAGAUAUUUGAAUAUAGGAGCUUAUGAGAGUACAAGAAUCAAAUUAAAUGGAAAUGGUACAUCAGAUUACAUAAAUGCUAAUUAUAUCGAUAGUUGUGAUAAAAGAAAAGCAUAUAUUGCAACACAAGCACCAUUACCAAAUACAUUUUCUGAUUUUUGGUCAAUGAUAUGGCAAGAAAAAUGUAAUGUUAUCGUUUGUAUAACAAAAAUGAUUGAAAAAGGGAGAAGAAAAUGUGAUCAAUAUUGGCCAAGUGAAAUUAAAAGACAAGAAAAUAUUGGAAAUUUUACAAUUGUUAUGAUUAAUGAAAUAAUUAAUGGAUAUUUUACUCAUAGAAUUUUAACAUUAAAAUCUAAUAAAUGUCAUUCACCUGAAAGAAUAAUACAUCAUCUUCAAUUUACAGCAUGGCCAGAUCAUGGUGUUCCUGAUAAUGUUUUUCCAUUACUAUCUUUUAUGAAUUAUGUAUCAACAUUUGAAUCAAAUGAACCAUUAGUUGUUCAUUGUAGUGCUGGUGUUGGAAGAUCUGGUUCAUAUAUUUUAAUUGAUAGUAUUCGAAAACAUUUAACAAAAAAUGAAAAUAUUAAAAUAUAUUCUCAUUUACAACAUAUGAGACGACAACGUGGAAAAUUAGUACAAACAAUUGAACAAUACAUCUUUUGUCAUGAAGCUAUUAAAUCAUUAAUAAAAUAUGGAAUAACACGUAUACCAACAAAACAAUUUACUAAUUUUAUUCAAUAUUUACUUGAAACAACACAAACUGGUAAAACAGCAUUACAAUUACAAUAUGAAGAUCUUUGUAAAUGUAAUCAUUUAAUUCCUUGUUAUUUUCCAAUAGGAUGUACUACUUUACCCGGAUAUCAUAGAUCAGAUGAAUUUAUUAUAGCAAAUUAUCCUGCUGAAACAUACCAAUUAUGGGAUUCUGUCUAUGAUAGUUCUUGUCAAACUAUAUGUUGUUUGAUGGCACAUGAUGAUUUUACAAAAUUUUGGUCAAUAUCACCUAAUGUAUCAUCAUACUAUUCAGAAGAUAGUGGAAUAACAAGAUUUGUUACAAAAAAAAUUGAAAAUAAUUCAAUAUUUAUAAGGACAAAUGAAAGUGAAGAUGAAUUGGUUAUUCGUGUGAUUCAAAUAGAUCCAGAUGAAUUUAAAAAUGAUGUAUGGAAUACAAUUGAAAGUGUCCAAAUACAAUUAUUACAAUAUCAUAAUAAUAAUACAAUGAUUCUUGUACCAGAAUAUUCAAAUAUCAAAACAGCAUUUAAAUAUUGUAUUCUUACAUCAAUAGGUUGUCAAAUUGAACAUGAACAACAUGUUGAUGUAUUACAAUAUCUUUCCUCAUAUCAUAAUAUUAGAUGCAAUUGUUGGAGUAAACAAAGUGAUGUAGAAUUUAUUUAUGAUAAAACAUUAGAAUUAAUUCAAUUGCAAAAGAAUUAA